AUGGUCAACAUAUCACACGGCUUGAAGAUGGAAUUCUGGACGGCUCCUGGUGAGGGUGGCAGGGCAGUCGCUCUCAAGAUGUUUAGGUUGCCUUUGUUGGUAUCAGACAAAGACGCGGUUCUACAGGAAAUGCGUGACAUCGGCGAAGUAGGACACUAUAACUUACUGUCCUACGCUGGUACCACAAUGUAUGACGGCUUGCCAAGCAUCGUGAUGCCAUGGGUGCCCGGCCACAAUCUCCGCGCACACUUACAGACAUCUGUUUCCGUCUCUCAGAAGCUCACUCUCCUUCGGCAGAUUGCCAGUGGCUUAUUGCAUCUACACUCCAUUGAUAUUGUUCACGGGGGACUGACAGGCUGGAACAUAUUCGUUACUGAGGAUGGGGAAGCCAUACUCACUAACUUUGGCCUCAUGCCUAUCCUGUAUCGGCGCGUUGGGUCUUCCGAAAUUCUGGAAACAUACGAUGAGGAUUGCCGGUGGGCUGACCCAGUUCUUUGGUUUGGAUUCACCGACGGUCAAGCUCGGCCACCAGAGACGUCUGCCACCGAUGUCUACGCAUUUGGACGUGUGGUGUACCAGAUCAUGACCAAUGCAGAUCCAUUUCAUGGGCUCUGGGAUCAUUUGGGGGAACUUCGGUCUCUUCUGGAGAAGUACACGCCUGCCACAUUUCGCCCUCCUCGACCCUUGAAGCGGCUGGCUGUAAAUGAUAUAUGGGAACUCGCAGAGAGUUGCUGGGAGGUCGACCAUUCCAAGCGGCCGAGAAUGCAAGUGAUUAUGUCCAAACUUCUUGCUUUACCUUCCCUGUACAGUGUGCCGCGGACUGGAUAUAGAUCGCAUCAACGUGUACGUAUGCCGUAUUAG